UUGAAGUUUUAACAAGGGAGCACGAAAUCUAUCAGUUAACAAACUGUAUUCUAUGUCUGGAUAUGAAGAAGAGCUUACAAUUCCAUUCUUCUAUGGGAAGAUUGAUACAGAGGCAUACCUUGAUUGGGAAAAGAAGAUGGAGUUUCUCUUUGGACUCCUAUACUACACUGAAAAGAAAAAGGUAUGUCUAGCAGUCAAUGGACUCUGUGGAAGUGCAUUCUCAUGGUGGCAGAGAGUUUCUCAGAAUAGGAGAUUUGAAAAAAAACCACAAAUUAUUUCAUGGGUGGAGAUGAAGACCUUGAUGAAGAAGAGGUUUGUCUCGCAGUGGACACUUCCAAAACUAAAACCAGAAGCAGCAACAAAGCUUACUACUUUAGAUCAGCCUGCCUAUUGGUUUGAAUUGCCAUUAAAACCGGCUGAGAGAAGAUCUGUGGUUCCUGUUCUAUCAUUGAAACAAGAGGAGGAAAAGCUGCAAGCUUCUAUAUUAGCUUCUCCAAUAAAACAGAUUGAGGAGAGUCAUAAAACUGAACCAGAACCAACAACUCUUUGUUUAAAACUAGAGGAGGAGGCAGAAGUUGCAGAAGCUGAGUGUGGCAACGUGCCUGAUCAAAUAAAACAAGAAGAAAAGGUUCCUGGAGGGUCAUCUAAAGCUCUUGAAUUGCUCAGCUUAGUGGAACAUCUGAGAGUUGUUAAGGGCCUGCAACAAGUUGUUUUUGAACCAGGAGGAAGCUUGUGUGUGGUUAGAAGAAACAAACAAAUUCUGGAUCAGAAAGCAACUGCAUACAAGCUCAAUUUGCAAGGUUCAUUCACUCUUGAAAAACAAGAUUUGUGGUCAAAUCUUUUUAAAGGGAGAGAGAAUGGUAUGAUAAAAACUAUUUGCAGAGAGAAUGAAGGAGAGUCAGGAGGUAACACGUCCUUUAUCAGGUUCAUAACUGACCAGAACAAGCUGAGAAGAGAUAAACAGGAACUUGGUGGUUAAAGAGAAGCCAGAACUGGAGGAUGAGUAUGGGGACCAAACCACACGACCACCUGACCAGAAGGAUGUUAAACUGAGAGUACAUGGUCUCAUGUUCAUGACCAGGACGUGGAUAGGAUCAUCCUGGAGAGAAGCAUUCAACUGCAAACUCAACAAAGUGGAGAAAUCAUCUGCCUUAGAAGCCACAUGCAGUGAGGAAAGUUCCAAGAUGUUGCUGAGACAUGAAGAAGGACUGCAGAGCUUUGUGUUUCAUCCUGGAGAGACUAGAGAGGUGAUGAUAUAUCUCAUGGCCAGGUCAGGAACUUUGGAGUUAAAUUAUCAAGGUUCUAUCAUCCUACAGAGCUUGGAUUUGAGGACAAAUCCUUUUAAAGGAGGAGGGGAUGGUGUGAUCCUGAUCAGGAUUGGAAUCAAUGGAUUGAAGCCAAUGUAUGGGUCAGCUAUACCACUGAUCAUGGUGCAGUUUAAUGGACAGUAUCAUACUCUUAUUGGCAUGAUCUAUGAGGUUCUGGAUAGAGAGAAGAGAAGAACUGUUGGUACUGCCUUGAAACAGCUUGAACAAAGAGGAUUCAACCAACUGAGCUUAACAGGAGCUAUGGAGACCAUUCACCUCAUCCAAAUUGUAUGGA